ACAAAAGCUGUUUGUUCAUUGCGCGGCACUUACAGUUAGUUAGAUAAAGACAGCUAACAUACGUUCUCAUUUCACACACAAAACAAAGGCGCACACUUCUGAACAUGUUACAAAAAAUUCUGCUAAGUUUUUCAUUUGGUCUUAUUUUCUUCAAAGAGGUUGUUAUUACAGUGGAUGUCACUAUUCCAGAAAGCACUGUAGUGGGAAAGACUGGUUCAAAUGUUCUCUUACCCUGUAUAUACAGUUCCAGCCCCGGUUCUCAGUUUGUUCUGGAAUGGAGGUUUGCCCCAGGCAACACAGCACCAUCAGAUGGACGACAGAUUUAUUACUAUUCUGACGGAAAAAUGUAUAAACCUGGAUCUCAGUCUGAAAGACUUAGUAUAUCCGUGACUCCACCGGUUACAGGAAUUGCAUCAAUUCACUUGAAUAAUAUUAUAUCCGCUGACACUGGUUCCUAUGUGUGUCAAGUAAACAAUCCACCGGAUUUCAGUGGCACUGGAUCAGGAAUUGUGAAACUCAUAGUUCAAGUUCCACCAUCCACCCCAACAUGCCAGUUGAAUGGGAAAGCUAUAGCUGGAAGCGAUGCAACACUGAUGUGCAGUUCCGCUGAAGGUUACCCAACUCCAGUUUAUUCAUGGACUUUUGCAGGAUCCAAGGUAUCAUCCUUUCCUAGCAUGAUGGAAAAUGAAAGAAGUGGAAGCCUCCUUAUCACCAAUAUUUCACAGGCCAAUUCUGGAACUUACCAAUGCGUGGCAACAAAUGAUCAGGGGACAGCAACAUGUGAAUUGACAGUUUCUGUUACAAACGCUGCUGAUGCCGGAACAAUAGCAGGUGCUGUCGUGGGAGUUCUGUUGGCAAUACUGUUGAUUGUAGCUGUGGCCAUUUAUAUUUUAUGCUACAGAGGAAAACAGAAGAAGCCUCUGAAACCUGAUUACCCUGGAAAUGAAAUAAGGGAAGAUGCAAUGUCACCGGGAAUGCAUGACGGUAGAAGAUCCAGCCAAACAGACUCCUACCUUUUAAAUAAUGCAACCACGAGACAUGAAAACAUGGUUGUUUAAUAUAAAGCUGAAAAAAAGGACAUUUUACAGUUUAAAGGCGACACAUAGGAAAAAGAAGCGAAAAACACGUAACUUUGUAGGCAAUAAUGUAUAAUAUAAGGGAUAAAAUAUAUUUUUAUUGGAGUUCCCUACAGAUCUGCUAUGGUCCCUGUCUGUCCAUGUUUAAAAUGAGGCGUGGGUGUGUCGUAAUGGUUCCUGCCAGAACAGUAGGAGAAGGACAGCCAACCACAGACACAGCCUGGGAAAGGAGGCAGCAGGAAGUGGAACUGAUGGGUGGGGGGUUUUCAGAAAUUUUCAAUAAAUCAGCCUCAAACACUACUUUUAAACAUACAUUCCUUCUAUAUUUAAAAUAGUACAAUGGUACAUUCAUGUUUUUAGCACACAUUCUAUUUUAAAUCUAGUCAGAUUAGUGGCAAUAUAAUCUAAUACAGCAAUAUCCUUUCACGUGCUACGUGGCACUCACCAUCUAGAAAUCAAAUCUAUAGUAGGGAAGUCAAGUUAACAAAGACCUGUGGCUACUGGUUGAAUAGAGUGCUGCCUGUGUUUUUCAGUACAGUAUAAAGAAGGCUGUAUCCAAAAUGCAAAUAAAUGGCUGAUUGCAAACUUGUUUGCAUUUUGCUUUCCUUGCUGUAAAUGACCCAUUUUCCAAACUCCAAAUACUAUGUUUGAAAGUGCAGGCUGCAAUGAAAGAAUGGAGGGUGUAAUAAUAAUUCUUUGUGCUGGGAGUGAACAGGGAAUUAAGAAACCCCAAAAAUCCCACAGCAUUAACCUGAACAUAAUAAUGGUUGAUAAAGAUUUUUUUUCAAUUUAAAUACUAGUGUUUUCCCACAGAAAAAGUUUUGUCCUGAAAGGUACUAUUAUUGGCAACUAUUUUCCCCCUUCGAAUACAAAUAAAAAUAUUGUCUCUCCCAAGUAAAAAUUUCCAUAUAGUGAUAUUUUACCAGACAGUUUCCAAAUGGGAAAGAACUAUGUCAACUUUUUAAAGUGAUUUUGUGAUAUAAAAACAUACUACAAAAAUGUAACAAAUGCUUUAGUAAAUCAUUGAGAAAAA